AAAUGGGAACAAAUUUAAAAUCAAAUCAAGAUUUUCAUAAUUCUAUAGAUUUUACAUCAAACAUAUCAUCAACAUCAUCGCUAUCACCUAAUAACAACAUGUCAAAAUCUCGUCCUGAAGAAUAUGAAUUAAUUGAAAAGAAUAUCAUCACGUCCCAAGGCGUCGAAGAACUCUUUGAUAAAGUUUUAAAAUUAGUACAACCUCAACAAAGGAAAUUAUCAAUGUCAAUGUCAAUGUCAUUAUCACCAUCAUUAUCAGCUUCUAUAGCCAGAAACAAACCAUUUUUACAAAAGUCAUCAUUAUCAUCGCCCUCUUCUUUAUUAUCAGCACCAACAGAAAUCGACUUUCAAUGUUAUGGUCUUUUUGCUCAAUCAAAUAUAUCAUUAGGGAAUUUCAUUGCAGAGUAUAAAGGUGAAGUUUGUUUAAAAUCAGACUACAAAGAUAAUCCUACAAAUGGAUACAAAGAUCUUGGCACCACGAAGCCAUAUGUUUUAUUUUAUCCAACAUUAGAUUUGUGUGUAGAUGCUCGUCGUUAUGGAACAUAUGCAAGGUUUGUUAGACGUUCAUGUAAUCCUAAUGCUGAAACACGAACAAUGUAUAUUAAUGAUGGUAUAGUUAAAGAUCGCCAAUUACAUUUGGGUAUAUUUGCCAAAUGUGAUAUAAUGCAAAAUCAAGAAAUAACAGUUGGUUGGAACUGGGAUAAUCAACAUGUUGCUCAUAUUUUUAUAAGGAAAGAUGGCGGUGGUGAUGUUGGUGGUAAAGGAAGAGACAACGAUGAUUUAGAUCAAGUCAUUGAUUUAAAUAAAAGGAUUCAAAUGGGUACCGUCGUUUACAAUUUGUUAAAGUUUACAGAAUGUGCCUGUGAAGAUAAAAAUAAUUGUGUUAUUGAGAAAAUGAAGAAUUACGCAAAGAAACCAAAAGAUGAUUUGACUAAAAAUAAAGAAGGUUAUUAUUUUGACCCGCAACAAAGCAAUAAUCCAUAUAAUAAGAGAAAAAUACAAGUUUCAUCUUAUGCUGAUAAUUCAGGACCUAAACAUAUCAAUUUCACAUUGUCACGUGCAACUUUUGAAUCUUUGACAGAUGAUUUAAUUCAAAAAACUAUUACACCAUGUAAACAGGCAAUGAAAGAUGCUAAUGUUGAUAAAAAAGAUAUCAGGGAAAUAAUUUUAGUUGGUGCACAAGAUAAAGCUACUUCAAAAGAUCAAUCAAUAACGAUUGCUGCAUCAUCUGGAUUAAGUAAACAAGAAAUUGAAAAGAUGAUACACGAAGCUGAAUCACAUGCAGAUGCAGAUCGAUUGAGGAAGGAAAUAGUUGAGGCAACAAAUCAUGCAGAUUCAGUUAUAUAUGAAACUGAAAAAGCAAUGACCGAAUAUCACGAUCGACUCAAUCAAUCAGAAGUUGAUAGUGUUAAAUCUCUAAUUCAGGAGUUACGUGAUAUGGUCGCUAGUUCGCAACACAGUGUUCAAGAUGAAUCUGAUUUGUCAUCAUCGUCAGGUAAAGCUGAAGAUAUUAGAUUGAAAGCUGCCGAUUUACAAAAAGCCAGUUUGAAAUUGUUUGAAGCAAUGUAUAAGGUACAUAUUAUUGUUUGUUUGUUUGUCAGAGGACAAUCUGGUGAAAGUGGUGGUGAGUCAGAAGGUGAAUAUCGAGAUGUUAAAGAUGACAAAGACAAAUAA